CGCUGCCGCACCGCCGGCUCCAGACCGAGAGCAGCGCCCGGUGCCGCCGCCUCCGCGCUGCGGCUCGGCUUGCCCCGGCGGCACCGCUGUUCCCUGCCGCCAGCAUCGCCACCGUCAUCGCCAUGCUGCCGCUCGGUCUCCUGCUGCUCCUCGCCUGCUUCGGUGCCGCCCGGGGAAACCUCUCCCGCGACGAGAGCCAGCCCACGACGUCGGACGAGACGGUGGUGGCCGGCGGCACCGUGGUGCUGAAGUGCCAGGUGGAGGACCCUGACGACUCCUCCCUGCAGUGGUCCAACCCUGCCCAGCAGACUCUCUACUUCGGGGAGAAACGAGCCCUGCGGGACAACAGGAUCCAGCUGGAGAGGUCGACCCCCAACGAGCUGACCAUCAGCAUCAGGGACGUGGUGCUGGCCGACGAGGGGGAAUACACCUGCUCCAUCUUCACCAUGCCAGUGCGCACCGCCAAGGCCCUGGUCACCGUGCUGGGAAUCCCCCAGAAGCCUCAGAUCUUCGGCCACGAGCAGCCCAUCGACGAGGAGAAGGUGGCCAGGCUGACCUGCAGGUCCUCGGGCAGCAAGCCUGCAGCCCAGCUCCGCUGGAGGAAGGGCAACAAGGAGCUGAAGGAUGAGGGCACUCAGGUGGAGGAGGAUGACAAUGGGAAGACCUUCACGGUGAGCAGCAGGGUGGAGUUCCGAGUGACCAAGGAGGACAACGAGGCCGAGGUCACCUGCACCGUGGACCACGAGUCCCUGCAGAACGCAGAGAGGUCGACCACCCAGAAGCUGCAGGUCCACUACAAACCGACGGCGAAGAUCGAACCACACCCCCAGUACCCGCGGGAGGGAGAGAAGCUGCAGCUGCAGUGUGAUGGGCAGGGGAACCCCAUCCCCCAGGAGUUCCUGUGGGAGAAGGAGGGCAGCGACGCCCCCCUGCAGCUCAGCUCCGACAGUGUCCUCAUCUUCCCCUUCCUCAACAAGAGCGACAGCGGCACCUACGUCUGCACCGCCACCAGCUCCAUGGGCAGCGUGGUGGCCAAGUACAACCUGGACGUCAGUGAUGCCAGCCCGGUGCCCUCCACCUCCAGCACCUACCACGCGGUGAUCGGCGGCGUGGUGGCCGUCAUCGUCUUCCUCCUGCUCAGCCUCCUCAUCGUCCUGGGGCACUACCUGAUCAGGCACAAAGGUUUGUGCAUAAGCCACGGGCAGACGGUCACCUCCAGACACCGGCAGCCCCCCGCAGAGGUGAUGUGUACCUACCUGACCCACGAGGCCAAGGGCUCUGACGACGCCCCGGACGCCGACACAGCCAUCAUCAACGCGGAGGGAGGGCAGGCCGGCGGCGACGACAAGAAGGAGUAUUUCAUCUAGGGGGAUGGGGGGCAGGGGAGAGAGAGCCUGAAACGGAGCCAGCGCCCCCUGAUGGAAACGGCACCGAGACCACCGAGACCACCACCCCCACGCACCCCAACGGAUUUUCUCUCGCGCCCGGCACAGGCGGACGGACGGACGGAGGACAGAGGACGGAGGGAUGGCAGGAGGCGGAGCAGAGGGCAACCAGCCUGAGAGGUGAGGAAGCUGCUGGGAAACUUGUACAGAGCCACAGCCCCGGCCCCGGUCGCUUGCUUGCUCCUCGGCCCUGCUCGCACGACGCCGAACAAGCAGGGAGUGAGCAACCUCCCUGCCCCCUGCAGUGCAGGAGCAGCUUCCCUGCGGUGGGAGAGCAACCUCCCUGCCCUGGGAGAGCAACCUCCCUGCCCUGGGAGAGCAACCUCCCUGCGGUGGGAGAGCAACUUCCCUGCCCUGUGCAGCAAGUGAGCAACUUUCCUGCCCCCUGCAGUGGAGGAGCAGCUUCCCUGCAGUGGGAGAGCA